AUGCCUGUGUCUGGUAUCCCUGAGUACCCCGUCACCCUGGAGCACAGCCCCCCCGCCGAUCUGGACAAGUACAUCCCCAAUCCCGGUAUGCCCCGGGCCAACAAGGCGGUCAGUCGGGAGAAGCCGGACGGAGACCCCAGGUCCCCGACGAACCGCACGGUGCUGCAGCAGCACGUCAUGUUCUGGGACAGGGACAGCGACGGGGUCAUCUGGCCAAUCGAUACAUUCGUGGGCUUCCGCCGGCUGGGCUUCAACAUGCUGAUCUCCGCUCUGGCAGUGCCUUUCAUCCAUUUCUCCUUCUCCUACCCCACCCUCAAAUCCUGGAUUCCGGAUCCACGGCUGCCUAUCUACCUGGACAGGAUCCACCGCACAAAGCACGGUUCCGACAGCGAGGUGUACGACAAUGAGGGUCGUUUUGUCCCGGAGAAGUUUGAGGAGCUGUUCUCCAAGUACGACCGUGACAACAAGGGCGGCCUGGGGUGGAGGGAUAUCCAGGAGCUUGUCUACAGUCACAUGAACAUCAACGACCCGGUCGGAUGGUACGGCAACCCCACUUGGGCGGAGGGAGGGAAGUGGGAGAGGGGGGGGCUUCUACUGCGCGACCACAAGGGUCUCGUCAGCAAGGAGAAGAUUCGCGGCGUGUACGACGGAACCAUUUGGGAGACGGUGGCCAGGGAGGUAGAGGAGCGGAAGAAGCGUAACGCGUCGCCGUAUAAGCAGGACUAG